GAGCGAGAGGCAGACAGAGAAAACCUCCCCCUCUGUCUGAAAGCAGCUCCCACUUUGACGCAUUGGGCUGGUGCCCGAGGCAGCGUUUCCAAUUCGGCGAGAUAAUUGGAUGCACAGAAAGGCACGUGUCCUCUAAUCUGCGAUAUCAGUUCUUGACAGCUCCAGCUUCUUUCCACCUUUCCCUUUACAACUUUCGAGGACAAACGCCGAGAGACAAGCAGGGGGAGAGGAUGAGACACUACAGCCCGAGGUUUUGCGCUGCUUUGCUCAUCACUUACUGCUUCGCCCUGGGAUCAAGUGGUCAUCCUUGUCAGCCUGACCCUUGCCAGAAUGGAGGCUCAUGCCUGGCUGGAGUCUCUUUGGAUUCCUAUUACUGCAUCUGCAUGGAUGGAUUCAGCGGGAAACACUGCACGGAGAUAGAACAAGGAAGUGGUGCAGAGAAACAUACCGGGUAUACGCUGGAAGACAUAAGGUAUAACGAUGUCACUAGAUACUCCAAACCCUCAGGGCCUUGUCACCCUAAUCCCUGUGAAAACGGUGGCCUGUGCGAAUUGAUUUCACGCAGAGGAGAUGUCUUCAGCGAAUACACCUGCAAAUGCCCCACUGGAUUCCAGGGCAUUCAUUGCCAAACAAAUGUCAAUGACUGUUCUUCCCAGCCUUGUAGUAAUGGAGGGUACUGUGUGGACCUGGAUGCAGAUUUCUCAUGUAAUUGCCCAUCUCCGUAUGUGGGGAAAAGCUGCCAACUCACCUGUGCAAGUCCAUUAGGAAUGGAGGGGGGAGCGAUAGAUGACCAUCAGAUCAGUGCCUCCUCAGUGCACCUUGGAUUUCUGGGCCUGAAACGCUGGCGUCCAGAGCUGGCACGACUCAACAACAAGGGAAUUGUGAAUGCUUGGAGUAUGGCAACCUUUGACAUUAAUCCAUGGUUUCAGGUGAAUUUGCUGAGAACGAUGCAAUUUACUGGAAUUGUCACACAGGGCGCAUUGGCCAUGGGGGCUCCAGAAUAUAUCAAAUUGUAUAAAAUUGCUUACAGCUUCGAUGGAAUAAACUUCACCACCAUCAAAGGCAGCGGGAGUAAUAAGGAAAAGUUAUUUACUGGAAACCGCAAUAACAACGAACAGAAGAGGAAUCUGAUUGAUCCACCCAUCAUUGCACAGUAUAUCCGCCUUAUUCCUGUGGUGUGUCAGCGGGCUUGCACACUGCGCAUGGAGCUGAUUGGCUGUGAAUUGAAUGUUUACUUAAACACAACAGGUUGCUCGGAGCCACUUGGGAUGAAGUCAAAGUUCAUUAGAAACAAUCAGAUUACUGCCUCGAGUACGUACAAAAUGUGGGGGAUUGACGCUUUUACCUGGGCACCUUGCUUAGCACGCCUGGACAAACAAGGAAAAACCAAUGCCUGGACUGCUGAGCUCAGCAACAAAUCACAGUGGCUUCAGAUUAACCUCUUGAUUUCUAAAAGGGUCACUGGCAUCAUCACCCAAGGAGCGAAAGAUUUUGGAGUAGCUCAAUAUGUAGAAUCCUUUAAAAUUGCUUACAGCGAUGAUGGACAGUCGUGGUCUAUUUACCAAGACAGCAUUACAAGGACAGACAAGGUUUUCCAGGGAAACUAUGACAACUACAGCCAUAAGAGAAACAUAUUCGAUCCCCCAUUUUAUGCACAGUUUGUCCGGAUCUUGCCUCAGACCUGGCACGAGCGGAUCACACUCCGUGUGGAGCUCCUGGGAUGUCAGGAAUAGACACUUGUUUCUUGCAUGCAAUAGGGGAACAUUCAAUAUGUCUUGCGCGCUGAUCUGCAUUACUGCAUUGUACCUGUUUAUACACACUGGAACACCAGCUUCACUUUAUGAUAAUUUUUCAUCAGCAGAGACCAAUUGACCAUGUUUUAAAGCAACAGGACCCAUAAUAUUUGUUGCGUGCCUUCCCUUCACCUGCGGACCUGCAUGAUCUGCAAGUCCCCAUAAGUGUCUGAACCUCCAUUCCCAGCUUGCCAUGGGAUAUUAAUGGGAAUUCCUGCUGUUUUCUUUCCUUUCUCUUGCCCACUGGCAAAGAAAUGCAAGCAAACAUUGUUGGGAAGCAGGAUUAUCUCAGUUUCCACACAGUAUGUAAAAGAACCCUAAUAAAAAUGAAACAAUUGGUGGUCCUAUUCCUGUGGGGAAGUGUCAGACUUCCACUUACUAACUGAACGGAGCAGCGUGAUUGAAGUUAGGAGCUCAGCCUGUGGGGAAAUCUCUGGCACUGCCUGGCCCAGCAGCCCUGAGAAUGUUUUAAGCAAUUGGGAUUGUUGUACUUAAGAGAAAAAUGAGUUUAUCACUCUAAUGGAUCAAUAGGUGAAAACCUCUACUUCUAUCUUAGCCUCCAAUGAGACAGGGAAAGGAUCUUUCACUAUGUCACAUCAUUGAUAAGAUAUGAAACUGUAUUUGGGAUGGAAUCUCUAAUAAAGAUUUCAACUGAGUAGGGGUAACUUUAACUUCUUACGACAACGUAAAACAGACAAUAUCGGAUUAGUCGUCCAUUGUACAUCUCUCUUGGUUUUCAUUUUGCAUUCCGUUGAAGCCAAAAGAAAUUGGGAGGAAUGUGGAACAAGCAGCUGAUUCGCUAUUGCCCAAAGUCAAAAUUACCCCCAUUAACCCCUCAACAAAUAUCCUUAAGUGUUAGUAAUCCCUGUUGCAUUGGGGUACAGUUUACGUGCAGGUCACUAUAUAUGUGGAUCCCUUCUCCCGUACAGAGAGUUUCUCAGGGAUUGCGAUCAAUGUAAUGGUUGUGUAAGAAACUGCAUCUUAAAGGAAACUGCAUCUGCUAGUGAUGGGGCUGUGGAGUGAUAUCAAAGCAGCCAUGGAUCAGACCAGACUGAAUGUUUGGGGGAGGGCAACUGCGCAGUUUGAUUGCAAUGGAUGUAAGCUACAUCCUGAGACUAAAGACAAGAACAAAUAUCUCACACAAAGGGGAGUAGAAAUCUGGAACUCUGAGGCUGAGUGUCAAUUGAAAAUUUCAGAACUGAGAUCAAUAGGUUUUUGUUAGGUAAGGAUAUUAAAGGCAACAUAUCAAAGGCAGUUCGAUGUGAUCAAGAUACAGAUCAGCCACAAUCUAAUUGAAUGGCAGAACAGGUUCAAGGAACUGAGUGGCCUCCUCCUAUGUUCCUAAAUGGAGAGCAAUAGGGGUUUGGCAAGUUACAGUCUCCCAUCUCUGCCUCUCACCUAAAGUCAAAACAAAGAGCAGGAAACUCCCAGCAAGUUUGCAGCUGUCAUAAUUUACAAAGGCAUCGCCUUCAGCUAAAUUAAAAAGCAGGAUUAAUGAAGAGGCCAGUUUCUAAUCAUACAUCAUUUUAAUUAACACAGAGAAAUUAGAUACUUCUUACAGGAGACACCUGGAGGUGAUAUUUUUUGCUUGCUUGUAUCUGUAAUCUGUCUGUUUGCAUAUUUCCCUUAGGUACUUGUUAUUCAAUAGCCAAUGCGUAGUUCAGCUGUGCUCCGACAGGGAACUAGAGAAUGUAGGGGUAAGAAGAGCACUUCUGUCUGCACUGCUCACCUGAAAACAACAAGUGUGCCAAGGCAGGAGAAUUUGUGAAUGAUCUGUGCUAACAUUGUCCAUUCAGAAAUCAUCUGUAUAGUGAUACACCAUACAAAGAUUUGUGAACAUGUCUGUAGGCAAUCCCUAGUUAAACAAGGUGCAGUUCUUAAAGGUGAUCUUUAGGUAUUUAUUGACUUACUUAUUAACUUAGGUCACCAAUUCCUACACCUUUGUUUUCCUAUGGAUUUGAUGUUGGUUGGCUGUAGGUUAGUUUGCUUGCUGAGAAAAUUUAACUCAUUAAUUCAUUGGCAAGGCAUUUAUUAUUUUUCAAGGAACUUUCCAUUUCAUAGCCUCUACACUGUAAUACCAAAUGCAUAUAAAACAUUAGGAACAUACACUUUGUAGAGUAGACCCAAUGGAAGUAGAGUGAGUAUGUAUCCCAAUAACUGGCAAUGGAAAGCUAGAAGUCCUCAUCCAGAUAUACCAUGAGAUUUCUACAGUCCUUACCUAGGACAUUCUCAAGGAGCUUUUAAAGUACUUUAAUAUCACCAACAUACAGUGAUCAAAUACUCCAUGGGACGAUGGUCUUCUCAGCUGGUACUGAGGGAUUGCUAUCUGUAAAGUGCAGAAAGUCAAGGUUAAACAGUAAAGGUGUGAAGAGAGUUGAACUUACGGAUGUUUUUCUUGAUUAUCUUUGAGGAAUUGGGGAAUACAGAAUUGUGCCUCAGGAAAGUGAAUGGAUAGAAUGAUAAGACUGAUUAUACAUUGUUUGUGUGGAAGAUCAACUUAUUGAGGUAGAGGUUGUGAUAGAACAGAUUGUACAUGAAUUGUAGAAGGUGAUUAUAUGGGAGGUGUAGAUCCCACAAUAAUAUAGUUUAUACAAGGGCUGCAAGAGGAGUGGGAUUGAUGGGCCAAAUGGCCUUUUCCAAUCUAUUUUUUUCUUGCGUUCUAAAUUAGCUGGUGGCAGAGAUGGGAUCAGGAGUUGGGAAAAUAAGUGAAUCAUGAACAAUUGAGCAUGAAAGAAAGGGAGCUUUGGAGGACCUCUCAGGACUUCAGCAGCGGACACUUUGCAACAGUUUGUGAUUUAGGAUCAAAGUUUGUGCAUGACUGAAGUAUGAUUUUAAAUGAAGCUGUUGAAUUGUACAGCACAGAGGGAGGCUACUCAGCCUAUCAUGCCCAUGCUGGCUCUUUGAAAGAGCUAUCCAAUUAGCUCUGCACCCAUGCUCUUUCCCCAUAGCCCUUCAAAUUCUUCUUUUUCAAGUGCAUGUCCAAUAUGUUUGUGUGUUCUGGUGGAGUUACUGAAUGAGAUUUUAUAUUAAGUAGGAGUAAUAAUGCGAGGUUUCUUUCUAUGGCCUAUGUUCCUUGGCCUUUCUGAUUGUAAAUUGUAGGGGCCUAGUCUAUCCAGAAAAUGAAGUAUCAUUUCAGCUAACCCCUUUCACCACCAAAAAAGUCCAACAAAACUCAAUGAAGCUGAAUUUAUUAAUCAAAUGCAGCAUGCUUGACUGGUAUAUCCUGUGCCUGCAGAACAGAGUUCAUAAGCUUCUAUAGAGGCUUUAAGGCCUUUCCAAUGAGGACACCCUUUUUGGAUUAACCCUUCUUGUGCUGAACACCAGACAACUUGCAUGACUUAUGCUAUAAAGUACAGUAGUUUAUAGAGCAUAACAAACACUCCGCCACUUACUGUAAUCUCUGAUUUAGGUAAGAACUAAUUCUGCUGGAUUUUUUUUCUUAUUGGUGCAAACAAUUAAAAGGAUUAAAACGA